GUUGUAGCGCUCCUCUGUCUCCCUCGUUCCUUCUUCCUCUCGCAAAGUAAUGGACGAACACAGCAGCCGCGCUUCAGCCUUCUGUUGUGAAUGAAUGACAUACUAAGGAUUGUACCUAUUCCACCAAUAAUUAGAAUGAAAAAAGCAUCGCGCUCGCCAGAUUUAUAAGCAAACAGGAGGAUUCCCUCAGCUGUCGACCAUCCAGUGACAGCAACGCCAUUUAGGCAAAGCAUUCUCGACAUGAAAGCCCAGAACCACCGCUCCCACCAUCACUCGGCCGACGCCGACUCAGCCGCAGCGGGUUCCACCGCCUCCGCCCCACGAGCUGCAGAGGGCCACGUGCCUCACCAAGACAACCAUAUUCCACACCAUCUUCCGCCCGCCAGGUGGCACCCCGACGACCCUUCGGCCGCUCUUGUCCGCCUCAUGUGCAGCUACGGCGGUCGUAUCCUCCCCCGCCCCCACGACAACCAACUCCGCUACGUCGGCGGUGAGACCCGCAUCGUCGCCGUUCCCCGCUCCGCCUCCUUCGCUGCUCUCCUCUCCCGGCUCUCCAAGUUCCUCCCUGCCGCCGCCGUUCAGCCCCCGUGCCUCAAGUACCAGCUCCCCCACGAGGACCUCGACGCCCUCGUUUCCCUCACCUCAGAUGAGGACAUUGAGAGCAUGUUCGACGAGUACGACCGUCUCGCUUCCGCCAACGUUCGAGCCCCCCGUCUUCGCCUGUUCCUCUUCCCCCCACCUUCCGUAGCCUUCGGCUCCGUCGUCGACGCCCCGGGCUCGACCCGUGACCAGUGGUUUGUCGAUGCCCUCAACGGCCAAGGAGCCGGUGCGGCAUGUGGCCCGCCGUCCCUCGAGCGCGGCCGCUCAGAGGCGUCCUCCAUCGUCUCCGAGGUCCCUGAUUACCUCUUCGGCCUCGACACCAACUCGCCGCCUGCCAAACCCGUGGUUCAACCGGCCUCUUCGGAGCCGGGCUCGCCCUUCUCCGCCUCAUCUCAGCUGUCGGUUCCCCCAAUCCCCGAUCUCCCACCCGUCAAAACCAAGCUGCACGUGGAGGAAACCGGGUUCAACACGGUCGAACCGAUUGCGACGGAGCAGGCCGGAUUGGUACCUAACCCGGUCCUAUCGUAUGCCCCUGAGCCGGUCCCGGUUUUCUACAUGCCGCCAUCUGUCCAUGGCGGGAGCUUAACGAUGCAACAGCUUCCAAUUCCGGUCCAAUACAUGCCUCCGCUCCGUGCCGUGGCUGACAGUCAGCUUCCGUUGGGCUUCCAGCCAUCGUUCCCGGUGGUGGCAGCCAAGCCAAUCAAAGGCGCUCCGGUUUACGUGGGUGGCACGACAGACACAAUGAACCUGGUUCCAUAAAGGUAGAACAGUUUGCGGGAGCGUGGUUUAUGCGUUGUUAAUUUGAAUUAUUUGGACUAUACCAGUUCUUGAAUUCGUCGUGUUGUUGUAUUUGGGGAUUGCAUCGUUUGCGAGUUGCUAUAUACGAUCUGUCUGACGAAUUGUGUGUA